AUGGAACUGACAAGAGUCCUUUGGCUAGCGUUUGUUCCUAUUUUCAUCACAAUCGUCGUGUCGAUCAUGAUGGCCCGCCGACGAACCUUCUCUCCAACAACAACAACCAAACGAUCGCCUCCUCCGCCGCCCAUGGCCGCAGGGGCUCCCCUUCUGGGGAUCCUCCCGGCGCUUCUCGCCAAGGGCCCGCUGCAAGUGAUCCAUGACGCCCACGCGGACAUGGGGAGCGUGUUCACGGUGGGACUGCUGCAUCGCAAGGUGACCUUCCUGGUUGGGCCGGACGUGUCGAGCCAUUUCUACCAAGGGCUGGACUCGGAGAUCAGCCAGGACGAGGUCUCCCGGUUCACCAUUCCGACCUUCGGCCCCGGCGUCGGCUUCGACGUCGACUUGGCCACUCGGCGCGAGCAGUUCCGGUUCUUCGGCGACGCGAUGAAGCCGGCAAAACUCAGGACCUAUGCUGGCCUCAUGGUACGCGAAGUAGAGGAGUACUUUGGGAGCUGGGGGCAGUCUGGCACGGUUGACUUGAAGAAGGACCUAGAGCACCUCGUCACGCUCGUGGCCAGCCGGUGCUUGUUUGGGGAGGAGGUCCGGGCCAAGAUGCUGGCCGAGGUCGCAACGCACCUCCGUGAACUCAACGACGGCAUGCGCCUCGUCACCAUCCUCUUCCCGCACCUGCCGAUCCCAGCGCACCACAGACGCGACAGGGCGCGCGCUAGGCUCGGCGAGAUAUUCUCCGACAUCAUCAGCUCCCGAAGAGCAAGCUACCCUGACGGUAGUGCCCGGAACGUCAAUGACGACAUGUUGCAGUGGCUGGUCGGUUCCAGGUACAAAGACGGCCGCGCCACCACCGAGGCCGAGGUCGUCGGCAUGCUGGUCUCGGCGUUGUUCGCGGGGCAGCACACAAGCUCCAGCACGGGCACGUGGACCGGGGCGCGCCUCCUCGCGCGCACCAACGCCGAGCACCUGCGCGCCGCCGUCCGGGAGCAGGAGCGGAUCGUGGCACGCCACGGGGACCGCGUCGACUACGAGGUCCUGCAGGAGAUGGACACCCUCCACCGCAGCGUCAAGGAGGCUCUGCGGCUCCACCCGCCGGCGAUGCUGCUGCUGCGCCACGCGCGCCGCAGCUUCACCGUGCGGACGAGGGAGGGCGACGAGUACGAGGUCCCGGAGGGGCGUACAGUCGCGAGCCCGCUGGUGCUCCACAACCGCCUCCCGCACAUCUACAGGGACCCGGAGAGAUAUGAGCCGGGCCGGUUCGGCCCCGGCGGAGGGGAGGACGGGGCCGGCGGAGCAUUGUCGUACACGGCGUUCGGUGGCGGGCGGCACGCCUGCGUCGGCGAGGCGUUCGCCUACAUGCAGAUCAAGGUGAUAUGGAGCCACCUGCUGAGGAACUUUGAGAUGGAGAUGGUGUCGCCGUUCCCCGAGACGAACUGGAACGUGGUCAUGCCGGUGCCCAAGGGGAAGGUCAUGGUCUGCUACAACAGAAGGAGCAUGUCACCGGCCGCCUAA